AUGAUCAGAACAUUCAAGAAUGUUUCUUCCUCACCGCAAGAUGAUCGACAUCGAGACAGGACCUGCGAUGGACUGCUCUUAGACAUCGGCCGACGGACUAGUUUGAUAAUGGACCACCGACUGGACUUCGGGAAGUGUAACCGCUCCCGCGAAGUGUUUCAGGUUUUUCAGAUCCACUACGACAGAGCGAAGAUACAAUGGUCUCGAAUUCUAGGUGUUCCACCGCCUUCCAUGCGCUUGCCGUCAUCGGCCGGCGCUCUGAGCUUUUGUUGA